CACUAAACCUCGUCGGUUACUUUCAAGAAGAUCACAGCAACGGAUUUGGUUAACACGGCGAUGAAGGUUUUAACUUUAAAUGUUUGGGGCUUAAAUAAUGUAUCUAAAUACCGUCAACAAAGAAUAAAAGCUAUCAUAUCUAAAUUGAGCAAUAGCGAUGCUGACGUCGUUUGUUUGCAAGAGUUAUGGCUAGAUUCCGAUUACAAACUAGUAGAAAGAAACCUCAAGAAUGUAUAUCCAUACACAAAAUACUUCUACUCUGGUUUAGUUGGCAGCGGACUAGCCAUACUAUCAAAAUACAAAAUAAUAGAAUCAGAUUUCAAUGCUUUUAAGAUGAAUGGACCACCACUAGAAGUUAUUAAGGGUGAUUGGAUGGCUGGUAAAGGUGCGGGUACCAUUACGGUACAAGUUCCUGAAAUUGGCUUGGUAGACAUCUACACUACUCAUUUCCACGCUGCGUAUGCUGAGAAUGACAAACAUGCCCGAUUUGCUCACCGUUUAUCACAAUCUUGGCAGUUGGCGACACUUGUUAAGAAAUCUUACAACUCUGGAAGAAACGUUAUAGUUACUGGUGACAUAAACUCUGAACCUUUCACCUUGGUUUUCGAUUUACUGAAAACACACGCUAAUCUAAUCGAUUGUUGGAGUGUCGAUCAUCCAACAAACGACAAAAUACCUCCACAUUCACCAUCAGACGCGGUAUUUCGGUGCGGAUACACGGCUGAUGUAGCAUUAAACACUUUCCAUCAUCAAAGAUACCCUGGUUAUGCAUCUGGAGAUGAAUCUAGCAAGUUUGCAGGUGGAAAACGUUUAGAUUACAUACUAUUAAAAUCACAAGUCCUAAAACCAGUUAAAUCUGAGAUAGUGUUUCAUGAACUUUGUGGUCAAAACUUUGAACAUUCGUAUUCUGAUCAUUUUGGCGUAAUGACCACGUUUGAAUGUAACGAGCAACCAGAAUCACCAGCCAAGAGCAGAGCCACCGAUAAUGAGAUGUGCUAUCUUGAAACAAUAAGAAAGUUACGCACUCUUAACAAACACUCAAAGAAUCAAUCUGUUAAGUAUAUUUUCUUUACUGCUUUAUUGGUCGUUUUGGGUUUAGCACUCGUAGUAGCCUCAGAAUUCCCACCUGUGGCUUCUUACUCUCCACUCUUCACUUUCUUUGCUUUUCUAGCAGGUGCUGGAGGUGCAACUUACCUCUACGUUGGUUAUAUUUUCGGUAAAUUCGAAAGACAUAAUAUCAAGAAUCUGAUCGGACAAAUUGAAGAUCACGUUGGUCAUUAGAUUGUAGCAUUUGAUAUAUUAAUGGGUUUUAACGAGAUGAAUACAUUUUAACGAUUACUUUUGAUAUCAAUAGUGGUCUAAGUAACACACUACAUUAUCUUAUCACUUAUUGAACUGUCUGAAGGCAAAGGGAACAUUUUAAGAUGAUGAAAGUAAGACAAUAUUAGAACGACCAUUAACCAUUUUGCCAUCGGCAGAACAUUGUAUAUCUAUUCCCGAUAACACCUUUAGUUUAACUUCAUGAUCCUUUAACGAGUUACUUUGUAUUUUAGUCAAACUUCCUCUGUCACUUAGGACUAAUUCUGGUUCACAAUACUUCUUAGUAUUGUUUUGUGAUAAAUUAAGUAUGUGGUGGUGUCUAUAUUGCUAUAAUCCAUGUAACAAACAUGGCAUAUUCCAGUUGGGAAGACAAUACUAGCAUCUGGUAUCCAGUAUAUCAGACCACAUUUGCACACGAAAUACAAUGUAUUCAGCAUGAGGGAAGGUUAUGUGAGCCAGAAAACUCCAUCCUCAAAAACAGUAUCCAAACAUCACAACAAGAUGAUGUCUUUCCGAACUGCUAAUCACAAUUGAUAUCAUUAUCGAGAGUGAGUGCGCAAGAAUAAUGAUGUAGAUCUAAUACCUGAAAAAUCUUUUGAGUUGUUGCUUCAUCAUGGGAUUAUCGAGGUAGAGUAGAUAUCGUUAGAUGAGAUUACAUUAUUAGAGAUUAAAACGAGUCUAACAUAAAGUGCAUUGGACUAACGUGAUUCAAUAGAUGUUCAAUGACUACUAAACAGUGUCCAUAAUAUUGAAUAAUUGAUUGCAUUAAAUAAAUAACCAUAAACAUCAUAAUUUACAAAUAACUCAAUGAAUUACCUCCAAGAACAUUCCAAGUGUUAUUAUUGUCUCCAGCGUCAAACAAUUGAUCUAUAUUGAAUUGCAUAUCACCCCCAGUAAACAUGUCAUUUGCUUGCGUCGUUUGUGGCAUGUAAUUAGUGUUCAAAUCACUCAUAUUCACAUUAAACGGUUGUUGAGAGUAAUUUGUAUUCAAUGGAAGACCAAACAAGCCGGCAUCACCUUCCUCGAAGACACGCUUGAGAAGAUCAUCUGUGAAUCCUGGAUGUUGACUAUUCUUUCCAUUUUCAACUUUUUGAUCAUUUGCAACUGCGUAUGUCGCCAAAUUUGUAGGUUGCUCAGAUUGAUACUGUGGUGUAGAAUGAUGUGAACUUCCAGGUGAGCUAAUCUUAGCAGCUUGUCCUUCAUCUAGAAGUUUUUUCACUAAUAUUGAAAGAUCGCCAGAUCUUUGCCGACUACCUCUAUCACGAUCAUCUGCACCGAAUUUGCGCUUCAAAUCAGGCUUUUGUCUAAUCUCCUCAGCUAAUAAGCCCUCGAGCAGUGCAGCUGAAGAAUCAGCACCGGAGCUGAAUCCACUUGCAUCCUUAAGCAUAUUGAGUGCGCUCUUAAUUUCUUCUCUUUUAUCGAAAGCGUCUGAACUCAUUGGAUCAUCAUGGAUAAGGUCAAUGAAGAUGACGAUAGCACUGGCAAAUGCGUAAUAUACACAAAUCCACCAUCUCUCGAGGAACCCAACGCUGUCUCCAUGUCGAAGAACAGCCAAACAUUCUCUUGCUGCUGUUAUACAUGUAAUUCUACUCUGCAGGUAGUUUUUAUUUCUAUAUCCUUUUGAUAAUAUUGGUCGAUGUAAUUUAACAAGUCUCGUAUGAGUAGACAAGUUAAUUAAUGUCCUCUCCCAUUGAAGAAUUUGCAUCCUUUCGGGUGAUAAACCAAGUUGUUUUACGUCAUAGUUCAUUUUGUAGAACUCUGGUAAGUCGUUUAUUAGAUCUUUGCAUUUCUUAUCUUGUAUCAAUGUAAAUUCCAAUGAGAGAUGUCCGUUUUCGUUAUAUUCAUCGACGAUCGCUCUAACGUGUUCAAGAGACCUCAGUCUCGUUAAUUGGUACGUCAUACUUGUAUAUACUGACAUAGGUUUAGCUACCAAUGGUUGACCAUCUAUAAGAUCAUCGUCGUCUAUAUUGCUUGGUAAACAGCACUUAUUUUGAC